UGGAAAAAGGGCGGAGCGAGCCUUGAUGGAAAACUGCAAACUGGUUCAUUCCAUAACUCGGGACCAUGGGGGCGGGGAAUUGGAGUUCAUUAUUGUAGAAGAAGUUUCCAAACAAACAUGGCGGAGAAAGAACUCGGCGGAUGUCAUGAAAGUAGCGGUUUAAUCGAUAAAAACAAAAUUCUGGAAGCUACUGAGGCACUGAAAUCAGAACAAGAUGAAGUUUCGCAGAGCCGUAACUCUCAGUAUCAGCAGGACCUGAAAAGCGUCCUCGUCACCAGCGUUUUAAACCUGGAGAAGCUGGAUGUCGACCUGUACCGGGGGACCCACCACUGGGUGCCCCGCACUCAGCGUCUGUUUGGAGGUCAGAUAGUUGGCCAGGCGCUGGUGGCUGCGGCCAAGUCUGUGAGCGACAGCCUGUACGCCCACUCUCUGCACUGCUACUUUGUCCGAGCAGGUGAUCCGAAGGUUCCGGUGCUUUACCAGGUGGACCGCACACGAGACGGCCGCAGCUUCACCGUGCGCUCUGUGAAGGCCAUCCAGCAUGGACAGCCCAUACUAAUCUGCCAAGCCUCCUUCCAAACACUGCAGCCCAGCCCCCUGCAGCACCAGUUCCCCAUGCCAGUGGUCCCUCCGCCUGAAGACCUCCUCACCGUGGAGGAACUUAUUCACCAUUACCUCAGUAAACCUGACCUGGCAGAGGAGGCAAAGAAAGGCCUGAAAAAACUGCUGGCUAAUGAAGUCCCCAUUGAGAUAAAACCAGUCAACCCAUCACACUUUUACAGACUGGGUCCAGAGCAACCAAGAAGGCUGUUUUGGGGGCGAGCACGAGGACAUAUUGGGGAAGGUAACAUGAAGCUGCACUGCUGCGUUGCUGCUUAUGUGUCAGACUUUGCUCUGCUGGGCACAGCGCUGCUGCCUUACCCAGAGUACAGGGCCAAGUUCGCCGCCUCGCUCGACCACUCCAUGUGGUUCCACAGCACGUUCCGCAGUGAUGAGUGGAUGCUGUACGAGUGUGAGAGCCCAUGGGCAGGGAGCAGCAGGGGACUGGUGCAGGGCCGAAUGUGGAGAAGAGAUGGGGUGCUGGCUGCCUCGUGUUCCCAGGAGGGUGUCCUGAGAGUGAAACCAGUCACUGAGCCCAGCAAAUUAUAGGGAUACUUUAUGUGUUUCUUUUUGAAACCCUAAUUUAUUUGUAUAAUCUAAUUAUAUGAUUAGCAAAAGAAUUCUAAACGUUUAAAAAUUAAUAUAUGAAGGCAUGAUUUUUUUUUUCUUUUUU